AUGGUCAGGUGCCUGCCAAUUCUUGCACUGCUCACAUCACCAUCGCUCGGAGUGGUGCUGGCUCCGCCGUCGCGCACGCUGAUCCUGUGGCGCGGCCGCUCGCGGCACACCUAUGGCUUUGACGGGCCCUUUGACCUUCCACGUCACGAGCUGUCGGCGCUGCUGCCGCCGGACGCCGUGCGCCUGGCCGAGGGCAGCCCCGACCAAUCACUGUGCUGGGCCGAGGUGCAGACGGAGGCGUCGCGGACGGCCCUCGCUGACGCCGCGGCGCGAAGCGUGCUCCUCCACGGGGUAUUUGAGGUUGCCGCCACCGCGGGCUGCGCCGAGGCGGCCGGCGCCGCUGCAGUGGCUUGGCAGGUGCAGCAGGAGCAGCAGCAGCAGCAGCAGCAGCAGCAGCAGCAGCAGCAGCAUAUGCCGGCUCUCGAGCUAAUCGACCUGGCCGAGCCGAAUCUGCGAGCCGACGCCCGCGCGGCCGCUCUCGCUGACUUUUCCCGCGGGUGGGGACCGGGCGGCGAGGCUGCUACCGCGGCGGCGUCGCCUCCGCGGCGCGAGUGGGUGCUGCUCCGCGAGGAUGGGCCUCUCUCGCCGCACCACUUUGGGUGGCGCUCCGCGACCGGCGUCGCCGCGAGCCGCGAGGGAGCCGCGUGCUCGAUCCGUGCUGCGGAGGAGGCCGCCUCCUCGCCUGCAGCCCUGCUCUCCUCGGAGCCUUCUUGGCACCUUCUCGGCACUUUCCUCACAGGCGGCCUCCUCGUGUGCGCGGCGGCCUUGGGCGCCACCGCCGUGGGAGCCGACCGCAACGCGUCGGCGUUCGCGCACGCGGCGGACGACUUUGCGGCGCUGGCGCUCGGCGAGCCCACUUUCGGCUGCGGCGACGUGCUGUCUCCUGCCGGGCCUCUCCUCGGCCCCGAGGCUGCGGGGACGUACGACGCGGUCGUGUGCGACCCGCCGUACGGGAUGCGGGCGCCGGUCCUGCGCGAGGGGGUGGGCAGCACGUGGCAGCAGUCGGCGGAGCUUCCCUUUGAGGAGCUCCUCGCGCGGCGGGGCGGCGCCCACGGCCUGACCACCCUCCUCGCCCGCCGGCAGCGAUUCCACACGCGCAAGUCGCGACGCGCCGGCUCGCGCGGCCUCCCGCGCGCGGGCGCAGGCUCGGGCGCGUUUGCGCGCUGGCUCUGCGUCUUUGAGCGGCCGGCGGCCGGUCCCGCGCCGCCCCACCCUUCGCUCGCGCCCAGCCGCGUCGCCGAUCGAGGCGGCGGCGGCGGCGCGGCGACGUCCGCCGCCGCCAUCCGAGGCUGCACCGACGCUGUCGGCGCGCGAGCGGCGCUCGAGGCGCGAGGCGCGUCGGCGGACCUGUACUGCUACACAUCCGCCAUCGCGGCGUGCGGGCGGGCGGCGGAUUGCGACGCGGCGCUCGAGCUCUACCGGGAGAUGGUCGAGGAGCGCCGCAUCCCGCCCGACACCGCCGCACUCAACGCGGCCCUCGGCGCGUGCGAGCGGGCCGGCCGCGGCGACGCCGCGCUGCGGCUGCUGCGCGAGGCGGAAGCGCGCGGCACGCCCCUCGAGCCUGGCUGCUACAGUGCGGCGGCGCGCGCCCUUCUACAGAGCGGCAGCGAGGCGGAGGCGGCGGCAGUGGCGGAGGUUGAGCGGCUAAGUGCAGCAAGGGCCAAGGGCAAGAAGGGCAAGAAGAAGAAGAAUGUGGGCGUGGGCGAUACGGGCGCCGCUAGGCUCAACGAGGAGAUGUGCAGUUAG